AUGAAUCAUUUCUGGGUUUUUACAUUCGCCUGUGCAAUUUUCAUAAUCGUACACUCUGCGCCGAACUGGGGCCCACUGCCCAAUGAAUAUUUCCAAGAAUUCUAUGACCAUUACAGUGAAAAUAUGCAAAAUCACAUCGAAUAUCUCAAGCAUGUACACGAGGCACACCAUGAAAAUCAACACAGGGUGCAUGAAAAAUUCCAAGAGAACUUCUAUGACGUAAACGAAAGACAACAAGAAGGAUCAGAAAGUGACCAGGAGGCGUAUGAAAGAUCACAAGAGGACCUGAGAUCUGCAGACAGCGACAAGAGAAGUACACUGCAUGGACGAGGUAAUUAAGAACAUCAGUUUGUUCAUUCAUAUCUUUCAACUAUUUAUUUGGUGUGGCUGUCGGACACUAAUUCGUACUUAGAUCCCCUGCACAUUAAGCUCAAAAGUCGCUUGGUCCCAAUGACGUUUGGGCGUGACACCAGUGGGUUAAUUAUAAGCUAGUGCGAAAGUUAUUAGUCAUGAAAUCAUAAAAGAAAAGUUUGAACCUUCAUUACAUUCAUUUUUAAAUCACUGGUGAUCCUUGUAAUUUGAUUGGUUCUUAUAGCCGCGAUUUAUUUACGAAUCACAUCAUUCUUUUGCUCUAAAUCGCAUCUUUUUCUCAGCCAAUGAGGAAACUCUACUGAAAUACAACGGACAAUUGCUUGUUAAAGAAACCAAGUAA